CAUUGUUUCAAUAAACACUGGACGGGCUGACGUUUCAAAAUGCUUAAUAAAACGAGCGCAACUUUAAUGUUGCAAACUAUAAUGGUGUUGAUGGAAAAACAGAAUACGACUGGUGUCACCAAUUUUCCUAGCACGUUUUACGAGGACGCUGAGCUGGAACGAUGUUUCAGCCCGUACGGCUGCUUUUCGAAAGCUUACCCGUGGACCGAACAUCGUCCUGACAACUAUUUUCCCGUUUCUCCUGAGACGUUGGGCGUGAGAUAUGCAGUGUUUACGAGACGAAAUAGAAAAAUACCCGUGUUGUUAGAAGCAAAGGACACAACAAAAAUACUUAAUGCUAAUCUGGAUGCAAGAGGUCCUUUUUAUUUUAUUUCACAUGGAUUUUUGGAAGGUGGACAUAAACACUGGAUACAAAAUAUGGCGGAUGCUCUUCUUAACUUAGAAGGUAACGAUGCAGCAACAGUCGUUGUGGUUGAUUGGCGGAGGGGUUCCCAGCCUCCUUAUGGCCAGGCGGUUGCUAACAUUAGACUUGUUGGCGCUAUGACUGCUCACCUUAUACACAAUAUUUAUGAUGCGCUACAGUUAUCAGAUUUAGACAAUUUCCACUUCAUUGGACAUUCGUUGGGUGCCCAUUUAGGUGGUUAUUGUGGGCAUGCAUUGCAAAAGAAAUUUAAUUUAAAAUUGGGACGGAUUACGGGAUUAGACCCCGCGGCGCCUUACUUCAGUUAUACGGUUACUUUAGUACGUUUGGACAGAUCGGACGCGAAAUAUGUUGAUAUUAUACACAGCAAUGCUGUACCCUUAUAUUUCUCAGGUUUCGGUAUAUCAGAACCAAUUGGUCAUGUAGAUUUUUACCCUAAUGGAGGUUCGAUACAGCCGGGCUGUAAGAACGACGGAUCUGCAAACGAGGGAAUAAGCAACGAUAUGUACUUGCAAGUAGUUAAAUACGUUAGUUGUAACCACGAGAGGAGUUACGAAUUGUUUACUGAAAGCGUGGCGCCAUCUUGUCCUUUCAUGGCCAUACAGUGUAAAUCCUAUGAGGCAUUCUUAGACGGAAACUGUACGACAUGUAGUAAUAAACACCUAUGCAUCCCGAUGGGCUUUCACUCUCAGAAUGUGUACAAAAACCUUCAGACAGGAGGCCUUGUUGAUUCAAACACGAAUAUUGCAUUAUAUUCAUUAACUGGAGGUUCAAAACCUUUUUGCAGAGUACAUUAUCAAGUCACAUUGAAAGUAUCAAAUUCAACUGAAAGCAGAGUUCACGGUCCAGAUGUUGGUAGAGUUUCUAUAACACUUGUUGAUAGGAAUAACAAUAAAAGUGAUCACAUGUUCAUGAACGAAGAACAGAAAUACUACAGGCCAGGAGAUUUAGAUACUAAACUAAUGUCAUUUAAGGACACAGGACUUCCACCCCUAUCAGUUAUUGUUGAAUGGAAAUAUGAAACGAAUCUUCUAAAUCCAAUAACCUGGAGAUUGCUUAAAUCAUCCAGCAUUUAUAUUGAAUACAUUAAAAUAUCAUCAAUCGAAUAUAACACUGAUAUCACCGUUUGUCCGAAACAAAAAAAGCCUGUUGUUGCGAAUCUACCAACAGUUAUGAAAACCAAAUAUUGUGAUUUAACAUAAUGUUAUCAGUAAUUUUAUAUGGAGUUGAGACAAUGAUAUCGUGUAAUUCUUACAUAGUUAGGACGCCUACUGUAACGCUGUAGCGAAAAUUAAAAGUAUUGUAAAAGUA